AUGAAGAAGAAUCAAAACCCCUAAACCCAAACUACCCCAAUCCAACACACAAGAAGGAAAGAGAAAGAGAAAGAGUAAAGAAUGUCGGCAAUCAAGCUGUUUGGGAAGACGAUUCCAUUGCCACUAAAGAAGAAAGCUAGGAUUGUUGUUACUGUUGAUGAUUAUGAUAAUGAUGAUGAUGAUGAUGAGCAACAACAACCGGACAGUUCUUCUGAGUAUAAUCUUGCUUCUUCAAUCACUUCUCUUUCUGAUGGACAACAAGACAUCAAGAAAUAUUCAGAAAGUGAACUCGCCGAGACUAGACAAGAAGAUCAUACCUCUCACCCAACUGCAGAAGAGAUAAAAUAUCCUGCAACAUCAUGUGAAAACCCUAAAACCCCAUCUAUUGACAAAGAACCUGUCUCACCUGAAGAAUCUAAGAAUGACGAGGGGAGCGAAACUAGUGUCUCACAAGAAAAGACUCUGAAGAAGCCAGACAAGAUACUUCCAUGUCCCCGUUGCAAUAGCAUGGACACCAAGUUCUGCUACUACAACAAUUACAACGUCAAUCAGCCCCGUCAUUUCUGCAAAAACUGCCAACGGUACUGGACAUCUGGAGGGACUAUGAGGAGUGUUCCCAUGGGUAGUGGUCGUCGCAAAAACAAAAGUUCGUCUCCUUCACAAUUUCGUCAUAUAAUGGUCUCAGAGGUGCUCGCUAAUGGGAUUCACCAUCCGACAUCAAGAACCAAUGGCACUGUCCUCACCUUUGGCUCAGAUCCACCCGCUUGUGAAUCUAUGUCGCAGAGUUGCAUCAGGAAUGAAUUUCAUAAACCUGAACAGAAAGUUUCUGCUUUGUUUGGAGGGAUAGAAAAUGGGGAUGAUCACUCAAGUAGGUCAUCAAUCAAUGCUACAAAUUCGGCAGACAAUUUUCGGACCUUACCUCCUCAAGUACCAUACAUCGCAGGGCCUAUUUGGCCUUGUCAAUGGAACUCACCUCAGUGGAGGUCUGAAAUGCCACAACCCUCUUUCGGGCCUUCUGGCUUUCCAGUAACAUUUUACCCGGCCCCACCUUAUUGGGGUUGUACUCUACCCGGACCGUGGAAUGUGCCAUGGCUUUCCCCUACACCUGCUUCCCCUGAACCUGCCAUGUGCUCCGGUCCUAAUUCUCCGGUCUUGGGGAAACAUUCGAGGGAUGGGGACAUUCUUAAACCAUCAAAUCCCGAGGAAGAGGUAAUGGAAAAAAUCAAUUCAGAGAGAUGUGUUUGGAUUCCAAAGACUUUGAGGAUUGAUGAUCCGAGUGAAGCUGCAAAGAGCUCGAUAUGGACAACACUCGGGAUCAAGAUUGGAAACAAUGAUUCAAUCCGUGCUGGCGGACUAUUUAAGGCCUUCCAAUCAAAAGGUGAUGAGAAAAUUCACAGAGAUGAAACAUCUUUAGUGUUGCAAGCCAACCCUGCAGCCUUGUCUAGGUCACUUAACUUCCAUGAGAUCGCAUAACGAGUAGUGAAAUUUUAGCAUCAAUUUACUUCUUUCUAAUCAGCUGCUCCAUUUUUAUCUUUUCUGUAACACUAGGGAUUGCUGUUUUUGGAGUGAGGCUAGAUGUUUUGUUACUGUGUUCUUGUACAUAAGAACAUAUACAACACAGAGAUAGCAAAACCAGAGAGAUUCUUGAAUGUACCGACAUCCAUAUUCUGCAGAAUACAUAUGUUAAUACAAGUGAUCAGGAAUUUCUAUCCUA